AACAUGUACUUCAACUGCAGUGCCACCAACCCCAGCCGGGAGCGCUGCUCCGUCCCCUUCUCCUGCUGCCUGCCCAACGCCGACGAGGUUGUCAUCAACACCAUGUGCGGGCAGGGCAUGCAGGCCAUGGGCUACCUGGAGGCCAGCGCCUUCAUCUACACCAACGGCUGCAUCGACAAGCUGGUCAACUGGAUCCACAGCAACCUCUUCCUGCUGGGGGGCAUCGCCCUGGGGCUGGCAGUCCCCCAGCUGGUGGGCAUCCUGCUGGCUCAGAUCCUCAUCAACCAGAUCAGGGACCAGAUCAAGCUCCAGCUCUACAACCAGCAGCACCGGGUGGACCCCUGGUACUGA